AGUCGAGAAGCGUCCGUUGAACGGGAAGGAUGUACUGUGUCGCUGCUGCUUGAAUUUCUUCCAUUUUUCUCUGUGUGCAUCUGAGUUUAACAAAAAAUCUCUUUACUGGAAAAGUGUGUAAAAACAAGAGAAAAAGUGCAUCACCAUGACCCAGUGGCUGAAAGUGUUGGUGUUUUGAGUGAUUUAAUUUUUCAUCUAUUCAACACAAAGAGGGAGAGAAGAAAGAAAGAAACGUUAAGUGUGUGUGAGUCCCUGUUUUUGUUGCUGCCAUUAAAAAUGGGGACCGACCGCAGUGGAUUACUGAUGCUGUUGCUGGGCAUUCUCGUCUUCUUCUCAGCUUCAGUUCAAGGAUUCGUUUCGUGUUCGCCCAAUCCCUGCAAGAAUGGAGCGUCGUGCGUCUCCAACCCGCGCGGCGAGUCUUACUGCAGCUGUCCGCCGCAAUACGUGGGCGAGUACUGCCAAUUUGCCAACCCCUGCCAUACGGGACCCGGACCUCGGUGCCAAAAUGGCGGCACUUGCGCCGUCAAAAUGUCGACUAAUGCCGUGCCCAGCUUCUCCUGUUCGUGUCCGCUGGGUUACUCGGCCUCGCUGUGCGAGAUUCCCGUGCCCAACGCCUGCGACACUGGGCCGUGCCAACACGGCGGAACGUGUCUACUCCGCACGCUGGAUAACUACACCUGCGCCUGCUCGUCGGGAUUCCGCGGCGCCAAAUGCGAAGCUGUCGACCACUGCGCCCUGCAUCCGUGCAAAAACGGUGCCCAGUGCACGUCUUUGUCGGACUCUCACCGCUGCACUUGCGCUCCUGGAUUCGCUGGCCCGACGUGCGCUGUGGACAUUGACGAGUGUAAACGCAACCCGUGCAUCCACGGUCGCUGUGUCAACACCCACGGAUCAUACAAAUGUAACUGCCACACGGGUUAUACUGGCCAGAAUUGCGAAAAUCAGUAUGUGCCAUGCAGUCCGUCUCCAUGCCAGAAUGGUGGUGCGUGCAAAGCCAUCGAUUCUCUCAACUACGAAUGCCGUUGUCCGCCUGGCUUUGCUGGUACCAAUUGCCAAGAAAAUGUCAACGACUGCCCCGGUCAUUUAUGCCAGAAUGGAGCCACUUGCGUCGAUGGCGUCAAUUCCUACACAUGCCAGUGUCCACCAUCCUUUACGGGGCCUUAUUGUAAUCAAGACGUCGAUGAAUGUGCUUUGAGGCCUAGCGUCUGCAAGAACGGCGCUACUUGUACCAACACCCACGGUGGAUUCUCCUGCAUUUGCGUCAACGGCUGGACUGGAUCCGACUGCUCGGAGAAUAUCGAUGAUUGCGCCGGUGCCGCUUGCUUCAAUGGCGCCACUUGUCACGAUCGAGUCGGCAGUUUCUUUUGCCAAUGCGCUCCAGGCAAAACCGGAUUGUUGUGCCAUUUGGACGAUGCCUGCGCUUCAAACCCUUGUCACGCCGGAGCCAUUUGUGAUACUAGUCCCAUCGACGGCACCUACAUGUGUUCCUGCCCCAACGGCUACAAAGGAGUCGACUGCACUGAAGAUAUCGACGAAUGCGAAGCCGGAUCGCCUUGCGAGCACGACGGACUCUGCGUCAACACGCCCGGCUCAUUCCGCUGCAAUUGCACGCGGGGUUUCACCGGCCCUCGCUGCGAGAUCAACAUCAAUGAAUGCGAUUCCAACCCCUGCCAAAAUGACGGCACUUGUCUGGAUGAACGUGGAGCCUUCCGCUGUGUCUGCAUGCCAGGCUACACGGGUGUCCAUUGCGAAGUUGACAUCGACGAGUGCGCUUCCAGCCCUUGCAUCAACGGUGGCAUCUGUACCGACAUGAUUAAUGGCUACAAAUGUGUCUGUCCGCCCGGUUUCUCCGGCAAGAAAUGCCACAUCAACAUCGACGAUUGCGUCAGCUCGCCAUGCCAAAACGGAGGCGUUUGCAGAGACUCGGUGGCCGGCUACACUUGCAACUGUCCUCAGGGAUUCACCGGACUCAACUGCGAAGUCAACAUCAACGAUUGCCAGAGCUCACCCUGCCAUCAUGGAGAUUGCGUCGACGGCGUCAAUUCCUUCACCUGCCAAUGUCAUCCAGGCUACAACGGACUCUUGUGCCAGACGCAAAUCAAUGAAUGCGAAUCCAAUCCUUGCCAAUUCGGCGGCCAUUGCGAAGACCUUAUUGGUGGCUAUCAAUGCCGAUGCCAGCCUGGAACAUCGGGCCGUAAUUGCGAGUACAACGUCAAUGAAUGUUUCAGUAAUCCUUGUCGUAAUGGAGCCACUUGUAUCGACGGAAUCAACCGAUACACUUGCGACUGUGUGCCAGGAUUCACCGGACAACAUUGCGAGACUAACAUUAACGAAUGUGCCAGCAAUCCCUGCUCAAAUGGAGGUAAAUGCACGGACUUGGUCAACGGCUUCAAAUGUGACUGCCCUCGCGGUUAUUUCGACGCCCGCUGUUUGAGUGACGUCAACGAAUGCGAGUCGAAUCCUUGCAUGAAUGGAGGAAGCUGUGAAGAUGGCGUCAGCCAAUUCAUUUGCAAUUGCCCUAAAGGAUACGGCGGCAGAAGAUGCGAACUCAACAUUGACGAGUGCCAAUCCAACCCGUGCCAACACGGAGGCACAUGCCGUGACGCCCUCAAUAACUACACAUGCACGUGCACCAAAGGUUACAGCGGACGAAACUGCGAGCUCAACGUUGACGAUUGCGCCUCGACACCUUGUCGUCACGGAGGUUCGUGCAUCGAUUUGGUCCAUGAUUACCAAUGCGUUUGCGACCUGCCUUACACUGGCCGCAAUUGCGACGCGGAAUUGGAUCCGUGUGCGCCCAACAAGUGUCGCAAUGGAGCCAAAUGCACACCGUCCAGUAAUUUCCUGGAUUUCGCUUGCACUUGCGAGUUGGGCUACACUGGGCGUUUGUGCGAUGAAGACAUUGACGAGUGCGCCAUUUCGUCACCUUGUCGUAACGGAGCCACAUGUCAAAAUACCAACGGAUCUUACGUUUGUCUUUGCGCCAAAGGCUACGAAGGCCGCGAUUGCUUGACCAACACGGACGAUUGUGCUACAUUUCCCUGCAAGAACGGCGGAACUUGCCUGGAUGGCAUCGGCGAGUACACGUGUCUCUGCGUCGAUGGAUUUGGUGGCAAACAUUGCGAGGCCGACAUGGACGAAUGUGCUUCCAGUCCGUGCCGAAACGGAGCCACUUGUCGCGACUACGUCAACUCGUACACUUGCACUUGUCCCUUGGGUUUCUCCAGCACCAAUUGCCAGACCAACGACGAGGAUUGCACCACCAGCUCGUGCAUGAAUAACGGAACUUGCGUCGACGGCAUCAAUACCUACACUUGCCUCUGCCCACCCGGAUACACUGGAUCCAACUGUCAGUUCCGGAUCAACGAAUGCGACUCAAAUCCUUGCCUCAAUGGCGCCACUUGCAGCGAUCGACUUGGAUCUUACCUCUGUCAUUGCCCGUAUGGAUUCACUGGAACGCGCUGUGAAAGCUUCGUCGACUGGUGCUCUAUGGGUGGCAUCUCGCACACGGGAUCACAACUGCUGCCAGGUCAGCCUGGUCAAGGGCCUUGCUUUAAUGGGGCCACUUGCAAACAGGUCAAUCAAACUUACCAGUGUACCUGCGCACCUGGUUGGACGGGAAUUCUAUGCGACGUUGAAAUGGUUUCCUGCAAGGACGCUGCUCUUCGCAAAGGAUCCGCCGUUUCCGAACUCUGUCGUCACGGCGGCAAGUGUGAAGAUAUUGGCAACAGCCAUCGUUGUGUCUGCUCUGAAGGUUACACGGGUAGUUACUGUCAACACGAAAUCAACGAGUGUGAUUCCGCUCCCUGUCAAAAUGGAGCCACCUGCAAAGAUCUGAUCGGCUCCCACUCGUGCACCUGUCCGCCUGGUUUCCAGGGUCCCAAUUGCGAAUACAACAUCAACGACUGCUAUUCGAAUCCAUGCCAGAACGGUGGUGUCUGCCACGACUUGGUCAACGCCUUUUCCUGUUCUUGUCCGCACGGCACGCUGGGCAUUCUCUGUGAGAUCAACGUCAAUGAAUGUUUCGAAGGAGCCUGCCAUCACGGCGGCGCCUGUAUCGACAAGAUCGGUGCCUUCGAAUGUCAAUGCCCACCUGGUUUUGUUGGACCACGCUGCGAAGGUGACGUCAAUGAAUGUCUAUCCGAUCCUUGCUCGGCUACUGGAACCCUCAACUGCGUACAGCUCGUCAACAACUACAGCUGCCAUUGCAAGCCGGGCUACAUGGGCCGACAUUGCGAGCUCAAAAUCAAUUUCUGCGAAAUCUCUCCGUGCAACAAUGGAGGCAUGUGCGUCAACGGAGAACUGGGUCACACCUGCGUCUGCCCGGCAGGCUUCUCCGGGAAGAAUUGCGAUUCCAGCUCCGAAUGUGACUCGACACCCUGUCAGAAUGGCGGAACUUGUCGACCCUACCAACAAGGAUUCCUCUGCACCUGUCCGCCCGGCAUUAGUGGCGCUCGGUGUGAGUUGGAUUCAUACGAUGAAUGCCAAUCUAAUCCUUGCAAAAACAACGGAGUUUGUCGGAAUCGAAUGGGCAAGUUUGAAUGCCACUGUCCGGCUACUUGGAAUGGCCAGCAAUGUGAUUCGUAUGACCCGCGGUUCAUGGGCGGCGUCGGUCGUAAAGCAGCUCCAAAUGGCAUUUCAGAAGAAUUGCUCCGGGAUAAGAUUCAGUGUGCCAGCCAAGGAUGCCACGACAAGGCUGGCAACGGCAUUUGCGAUGAGGAUUGCAACACGCCCGGAUGUGAUUUCGACGGAGGCGAUUGUUCUCUGGGUGUCAGCCCCUGGGCUAAUUGCACUUCCCCACUACGAUGCUGGGAACUGUUCAAGAACAAAAUAUGCGACGAAGAAUGCAACAAUCCGGAAUGCCUUUUCGAUGGCCAUGACUGCGACGUACGAGGUGAUGUGCAACCAUGCAACCCCAUCUACGACGCCUAUUGCCAGAGCCAUUACGCCAACGGGCGAUGUGACGAUGGUUGUAACAACGCCGAAUGCAACUGGGACGGACUUGAUUGCGAAAAUGAGCCAUCGAUUUUAGCCCUCGGUUCCGUCUCCAUGGUUCUCGAAAUGGAUUUGCCCACUUUUAAAAAUAUGAGCGUCGCCUUUGUUCGCUCUAUCGGGCGACAGCUUCGCACCACUGUCCGCAUUAAACUCGAUCAGCAGGGUUACGAAAUGGUCUAUCCAUGGAAUUUGGGCGAUGAACCGUCCAAAGCCCUUUCGUCUGGAUCUUCACACAUUUAUCCGCACGGAGCCCCAGGAGUCAUUGUCUUUAUUGAAAUUGAUAACCGGAAAUGCAGCCAGAUUCUCGGUGGGGAAUGUUUUGCCCGGGCCAGUCAAGUCGCUCAAUUUUUAGCCGCAUCGGCUUCCGAUCAUUCUUUGGAUGCCGAUUUCCCUAUCCACCGAGUGUUGGCACUCGAUGCCGGACCCUCUGAAGCGCCUGUCGAUCCGACAAACACCAAAUUGACUUACGUCAUCGCCGGCGCCGCCCUCGUGGUAUUUGUUGCCAUUGCAGUCGGCGUGAUGGUCACAACGUCUCGCAAGCGACAGCGAGGCAUCACUUGGUUCCCUGACGGAUUCCUGAGUAACAGCGUCAGUGUCCAGCGGAGAACAUCCCGCCGUCGGGGACCCGAUGGCCAGGAGAUGCGCAAUUUGCACAAACAACCGUCGACCAACCGACUGGACAUUGAUCCCUCCAUGGGCAUGGGAAUGCCUCCCGACAUGUCCGGUUAUAUGGAUCACGGCAACAUGGGCAUGGAUGGGUCCCGCUGGUCUGAUGAUGAAGACUCGAUGGACCGACCACCGAUGAAGCGCAUCCGUUCCUCUGAAGGUGGCUAUUCCAGUGAUCAAACAGCCAUGACGGAAUACGAUGAGAACGACCCACGCCCUUGGACUCAACAGCAUUUGGAUGCAGCUGACGUUCGACCGGACAUGUCUUCCGGUGUGGCUUUCACUCCACCCAAUCAGUACGGGUCACCAGAUAUCUCGGGCGUUGAAGUUGACGUCCGCGGACCUUACGGAUUCACACCGUUGAUGAUUGCCUCUUACCGCGGCAACGGCCUUGACACGGGCGAAGAUGACGAAGAAGAUGGUUCAGCUGCGAUUAUCCAAGACCUUUUGAUGCAAGGUGCCAAACCCAACGCCACCAUGGACAAAACAGGCGAGACAUCCCUUCAUUUGGCCGCCAGAUACGCCAGGGCUGAUGCUGCCAAGCGUUUGCUGGAAGCUGGAGCCGACGCCAACUCUCAAGAUAACACCGGCCGCACCCCACUCCACGCUGCUGUUGCUUCUGAUGCUCAAGGAGUCUUCCAAAUAUUGCUCCGCAAUCGUGCCACUAAUUUGAAUUCCCGGAUGCACGACGGCACCACUCCGCUCAUCCUUGCAGCUCGUCUGGCAAUCGAAGGAAUGGUUGAAGACUUGAUCAACGCUGACGUUGAUAUCAACUCGGCUGAUGAUCAAGGAAAGACGGCCCUUCAUUGGGCUGCUGCCGUUAACAAUAUCGAAGCUGUCAACAUUUUGCUCUCCCAUGGUGCCAAUAAAGACGCACAGGACAACAAGGACGAGACCCCAUUGUUUCUGGCUGCUCGGGAAGGCUCCUUUGAAGCCGUUCGUUCCAUGCUGGAUCACCAUGCCAACAGAGAUAUUCCAGAUCACAUGGACAGACUUCCACGCGAUGUGGCUCAGGAGCGACUUCACCACGACAUCGUUCGUCUCUUGGACGAGCACAUUCCCAGAAGUAAUCACCAUGUCAUGCCAAUGAGUAGCUCCCAGGCGAGCAGUGCCAACAGGAACAAUGAUGUCGCUGCUCAGAAUGAGCCGGUUCUGACCGGAACGACUGGACGACCACCCAAACCCAAGAAGCGUCCAAAGUCCACUGUGGCCGCUGCUCGCGAAACUCAGCGCCAUCUCGGUAGCAGCGUUUCUAAUUUAGAAGAGGCUCCAGUCGCUGCGGCCACCAACACGGCCACCAAGCGGCGGACCAAUACCAACAGCCGCAAGAAGAAGAGCGAUAAUGCCGGAAGUACCAACACCGUUCAAAGCGUCGACAGCAUCUCCACUGUGUCGUUGACUCUCUCACCAGCCAAUUCUCAUUCUUUGGAAUCUCCUCCAACUGUUGACAUGGGCGCAACUCCUAGCCCUUACAGCGUCAUGACGUACGGCGGAAGUCACCCACACAUGCCUUCCGGCAAUCCACCGCAGCCGCCUCCUUAUGACGAGUGCAUGAAAACAGCCGCUUCGAUGCAGGCGAUUCACAUGUCCAACAUGGAUCCUUCCACCAACUACGGUUACGUCCACUACGACUACCGGAAUCACCUUCCUCAGCAACAGCAUCAACAGCAAUCGACCAUCCAUCAGCGACAGACUUCAUUGCCGGCCUCGACCGUCUCGUCAGCCAUGAAUACCAACCUCCAGCAACAGGCCAUGUCCUACAAUGUCCUGGCUGUCAAUACGGCUUACCAGUCGUCGUUAUCGCCCCCGCAGUUUGCUCUGUCGCCGCCAGCGAGUAGUUACGCAGGUUCGCCUCCUCAACAGAACCUGGUCCAGAAUGGCAUCACGUCGCCAUCCAAAGGAGGCAGUCGGCCGUCUCUGCCCACUUCUCCCACUCACAUAGCGGCGAUGAGAGCAGCGGCUCAACAGCGGACGGGCUUCGAAUUCCCCGAGACGAUGAUGAGUUACCGGAAUACCAAUACGGGCGGAAUGCCGCAGUACUACCAGCAGCACUACCCGACGCCACCACACUCGCACAUGGAUCCUUCGCCUUCACAGCAUGCUUUGCAUCCACCCGAAGCUUAUUUGACCCCUUCACCAGAAUCUCCAGGACAGUGGAGCUCAGCUUCGCCUCAUUCGACCUCUGACUGGUCGGAAGGCAUGUCCAGCCCACCCAAUCCCAACAUGUCGUUUGUACCACCUUCACACGCGAAACACACGGAAGGCAUUUACAUUUAAGUGCCGAUAUAAAAGAAAAAGAAAAGUGUGUGAGAGUGAUCUCUUUCUUGUUUUUCAUUUUAUGCAACCGCUCUUUUAUUUUCGUUGUACAUACUACCAUCAUUUGAUUGAAAACCAAGUGUACCCCGAUUGAAAAUGACCUUUAAAUUAAUUACUGUUCCUGUUAAUUACCAACUUCCAGCUUCCAUCGUCUGCCUGUUUUUUCGUGGGGGGAAAAACCAGGGGAAACAUCCAUUGUCGUGCCGAUUUUUUUUUUCUGUUGUGUGUGUUGUACAUUAGCCCCGCCCAUGACGUGCGUGCAAGCUGGCAUCGCCAUCGUUUAAGCGAUGCGACCUUUCUCUACUUGUCAACUUAACCUCGUGUUUUAUGCAAUUUGUACCCCCCAAACGUUUCAAACUGUAAUAGACUGUCCAGUUGGUGAAAUACAGUUUCAAUUUUUAAAUAA